AUGCCGCUGACGCCUGCAGUGUGCUCUGUCAAUGAUGUGCAGGGGCUGCAAAUGGAUCCGACCUUCCACCCAAGUCUGUGGGGCGAUUUUUUCCUGAAAUACAAGCCGCCAACUGCAUCUAAGCAUGGAUACAUGACAGGAAGGGCUGAAGUGUUGAAAGAAGAAGUUAGGAAAAUGCUGAAAGCUGCAAAUCAAAUAAAAAAUAUUUUAGAUCUUAUAAUCACACUGCAGAGGCUUGGACUGGAUAACCACUAUGAGAAUGAGAUCAAUGAACUGUUGAGCUUUGUUUACAAUUCGGAUUACGAUGACAAAGAUCUGUAUUUAGUCUCACUGAGAUUUUAUCUUCUAUGGAAACAUGGUUAUUAUGUUUCAUCAGAUGUCUUUACAAGUUUUAAAGAUAAGGAAGGAAAUUUCAGGGUAGAUGAUACAAAAUGUCUCUUGAGCUUAUACAAUGCAGCAUACCUUAGGACUCAUGGGGAGAAAGUACUUGAUGAAGCCAUUAUAUUCACUAGACGCCAACUUGAAGCAGUAUUAGAUUCUUUGGAAUCAACAUUAGCAGAUGAGGUAUCUCUUACCCUUCAAACACCUCUCUUCCGAAGGGUUAGAAUACUGGAAACAAGAAACUAUAUCUCAAUCUAUGAAAAGGAAGGUGCACGAAAUGACAUCAUAUUAGAGUUCGCAAAAUUGAAUUUCAACCUUCUUCAGCUUAUUUAUUGUGAGGAGUUAAAAAAGGUCAAACUAUGGUGGAAGCAGCUUAAUGUUGAGACAAACUUAAGUUUUAUUCGAGACAGAAUUGUAGAAUGUCAUUUCUGGAUGACAGGAGCAUGCUUUGAACCACAGUAUUCUCUUACACGAGUUAUAACUACGAAGAUGACAGCCUGUAUCACAAUAUUAGAUGACAUAAUGGAUACCUACAGUACAACUGAGGAGGCCAUGCUCCUUGCUGAAGCAAUAUACAGAUGGGAAGAGAAUGCUGCCGAACUACUUCCAGAAUACAUGAAGGAUUUCUAUCUGUACUUAUUGAAGACAAUUGAAUCAUGUGAGGAUGAACUAGGACCAAACAGAAGCUUCCGGACAUUUUAUCUCCAAGAAGUGUUAAAGGUGUUGGUCCGAGGAAGCUCUCAAGAGAUCAAAUGGCGUAAUGAAAAUUACAUUCCAGAAACAAUCAAUGAACACUUAGAACAUUCAGGACUAUCUGUGGGAGCCUUUCAAGUAGCAUGUUCUUCAUUUGUUGGGAUGGGUGACAACAUAACAAAGGAAAUUCUUGAGUGGCUUUUGGCAUAUCCAGAACUUCUCAAGUCUCUCACGACUAUUGCACGACUGUCGAAUGAUAUUGCAUCAACAAAGCGUGAGCAAAAUGUGGGGCACCAUGCUUCUACGGUCCAAUGUUAUAUGUUGAAGCAUGGGACAACAAUGGAUGAUGCAUGUGAGAAGAUAAAAGAGUUAACUGAAGACACAUGGAAGGAUAUGAUGGAACUCUACCUUACAUCAACAGAACAACCAAAACUCAUCGCACAAACAGUCGUUGAUUUUGCAAGGACAGCGGACUACAUGUACAAGGAAACAGAUGCAUUCACUUUUUCCCACACAAUCAAAGAUAUGAUAGCAAAACUCUUUGUGGAGCCAAUAUUAUUAUUCUAG